UAUUGAUUCUAAACAUCUGUUUAACCUUUACUCAAAACACGUAUAUGACAAAACGGCAGUCAAACUGUAAGUUCAACAUUAUUGCUGCAUUUUUAUUUUAUUUUUCUAAUUCGGAGCACAGAAGAGUUAAAGGACGUCAUACCGGGGACGUCCUAGUUAUAGCCAGACGUUACGUAUCUCUCCAGUUUACAAAAUGCAGAUUAGAGACGCUGUCAGGUUCAACAAACAGGAACCAGCUACUUAGUCCUGGUAUUGCUGUACAUCAGGAAAUAUACUAUGCCGAGUAAACAGAGGAUAUCACAAAUCUAAACAUCUCAUUGGGAGUAUUCUUGAAAUGCGAGCAAUCAUGACGAGCAGACGGUGUGAGAGUCAGCGGAUCUGUUCAGUAGAACGCGCCAGUCAAAAUCUGUCAAAGAGACCCCGGCUAAAGGAUCUGUCCAUUCCUGAAAAUGCAAGUAAACCAUUUCAAGCGCUUCCAGUCUGGAUGCGCCUAUAUUUUUAUGGAAUGCACGGGAUUACGUUGGACAUCAUCAUUUCGUCAGUGCAGAGGUUUGUAUACACCACUGAUUUCAAGCUGCUGGGGUUCUCCUCUCCUUACCUGUGCAUUGCCCACUCAAUUACCCAUUUUGCGAUGGAGAAAAUGUAUUUGCAGAAGAAGAGCUUCCAUGGGCGCCCUGUUGUUUUUAAUUUUAUCUUGUAUCCUUCGGUCUAUAUAGGGAUACAGCUUUUAAUGGGGAAGACGAUUGUCAGCACAAAUAACGCCAAAUGUCUGUCUGUAGUCAAUGUUGCUGUUAUGUACCUCGUAGCAAUGUACUACUCUCAAGUAUUUCUCAAGAGAUUCUUACGCCUGCAGUACCAUUGCACAAUAAAAGGCACGCCAACUGCACUGAUAGAAAGGUAUUCUCAAGGACUUCCUGACAUUAUUCGAUUCUUGUUCUUUGGCAUGCAUGGUUUUUUAGAUGAAGUCCUUUUCACUUCAUUUUUCAAUCUUGUUGAAAAUUCAGACCAAACCUUGAUUGGGCACACCUCGCUAUGGUCCUUUCUAAUGUACGGAAGCUGCAGUUUCGUGGUGGAAAAACUGUAUUUGUAUCUUCAUUACAAAAGAGGCUGGGGAGCCUGGAAACGGCUUCCAAUCUACAUACUGUUUAUUUAUACUUGGGAGUUUUCCUGGGGAUUGGGGCUUCGACAGUACAAUGCUUGUUCAUGGGACUAUUCGCACUAUCCUUUGAAUUUUAAGGGACUCGUAACACUGGUGUAUUUACCUGGGUGGAUCUGCCUCAGUUUGUACCAGGACAUGCUGUCUAACGUGCUGCUGCGUGUAGAAUGUGCCGAAAGCAAAAUCUCAAACAUCUCCGCUGAUGGACGGCACUGAAUGAAUACCAAUCAAAGUACAUUUAACUUCACGAAUAAAGCCGCAGCAUUCUCACUGUCGUUUUAUAUACAAAAACGGUUUUAAUAACAGUGCUUUGAUUUUCAGCUUUAAAUCGUUAGUGAAUUUGAAAUAUCAGUAUAAACCAGGCUUUUAUACCGUUUAUAAAUAGUUUAAUAUAAAAUAAAAAUACAGUUGUUUACAAAUUCUAAUACAUCAAGAAUUAAUCUAAACACGCUACACCUGGUAAACUGCCAUUUAUAUACAAAUAAUAAACGGGAUGCUUUUUCAUACAGAAUCAAGGGGGUGUACUGGCAAAGGGCAUCAGCAAGGGGAGAAAAGCAAACGUUUAUUAAAUUAUAUGAUAAGCAAGCUGACAAUGGACAAUUAAAAAUAAGUUAGUGUACAUAACUAUAAUGCUUAUGUCUGAACUUAAUAUUGCAACAGGGUUACCAACCGUCAGCACAUUUGGGGAAACUUAUUUUAGAUGAUAUAACAUAUGUCACUCUGCUCCAUUCCUUUCCAUUGUUAUAAGAACUUGACAUGCCAAACUUCUAAUGCAAAUGAUAGUGCAGAGCAUUUAACUGACGAAUUAUUUUCAAUAGGGAUUUAAAAAAAAAAAAAAAAAAAAAAAAAAAACAAUUCACAGUAAAAGACAAACAGAAGUUAAUAUUAUUAUUAGUUAUACAUGUAAGAAUGUCCAUCCAUGUCAAGUACUGUUUAAGAGGUUUGCAACCCUGAAAAUGAACUUUCCCUUACCUGCAGUAAUUUAAGCAGAUGUUUUGCAUCUGUUAGUACACUAGCCAAACAUAAAGUAUGCCACAGGCUAAUACUUUACUUUUCCUGCAGUUCCACUCUGUCUAUGGCACUGUAGUACUGUGAUUUUUGCACAUAUUCUGGUUCUGGCAACAGAAGUGAAAUGUAAUUUGUGUGAUUACAAAGUUUACAGAUAUACAGUUGUUAAGUUACUUAGUUUUCAAAUAAAAUAAAUCUAUCCUGGCAUGUAAAAUAUACUUUUGGCAUGCAUUAGGACUUGUACAAUGUUGUCAGAACAUCAAUAAAAUGUUAAAUGUAAAUCAACUAAGGAAUUUUUUUUGUGCCACUACACAUUUAUGCAUUAAUACACAAAACAUAUGGUUACACAUAGUAUUGAUUAAAUAUUAAAUUGAUAAUUAUUUAACAAAUGAAACACCUCAUGCAGUUUUCAAUUAAAAACAUUAGCCAACUAUAACUUUGUACACCUUUUA